AUGAACGCUCUCACGGACGGACUCACCCAGCUCAAGAACACCCUAUCUGCGACCGGUCCAACCAAGAUGGAAGUGGAGGUGCCGACCCGGCCGUCGUUUAAGCUUCCCCAGCCCCGUACUUUCCUCGCCAAGCUUGGUUUGGCCUACGAAGAACUUGAAAAGAGGGCGUCGCCCACAGUGCUCCUGGGCUGCGAAGCCAUGCAACUCGUGUACACAGGGUUCACAGUCCCGUUUCGCAUUGGAUUCAUGUACAACCCAUACUUCACGUCGAUGCCGUCGCCAAGACCAGAGUUUCCCGAGGUCGUCAUGUACUUGCUGUUGGCGCUAGACAUCCUCUUCGACUUAAUCGCGCUCGUGGCGGCGCUUCGGAUUCUCAAAACUCCAGGAGCUGUCAACGCAGUCGUGCCCAUCGAUCAAUCGGAGCCAAGUUUCAGUGUCAAGGCGACGCAUCACCGCAACUCGGAGUUCCAGCAGUCACUACUAAAGGGCCUUCGGCGGUACCAAAUCAUCGCCGAGUGGCUUGCGCUCCUUCCAUUCGACUUGGUGUUCAUCGGCCAGCCCAACGCGAUGAUCCUAUGCCGCAUCCCCAAGCUUCUGCGCAUGUACAAAGUCCCAGAAAUCACCCGUCUCGUCAAACAAGCGUUCGCCGAACACGAACUCCUCUCUGGGUUUCACAAUGUCGGGAUGUCCCUGCUAGCUGGCGUCCUCUUGCUCAGUUUGGCUCUCAUCCACUGGGCUACGUGCCUCUUCCUGCUCGUGGCCCACUUGGAGUGCGGAUUCUACUUGGACCAAACAGUCAGCGGGCAAACGUGCUGGGCAAACUAA